CAGAACGAGGAGCCGAGACGCUCUAGGUCUCAACGCUCCUUCCAACGGUAACAACGAAUCCGAGCUCGAACAGGACGAUUCUGCGAAGCUCUGAUACUAGCCCUUUACUGUCAGGUAGGUAUCAGAGGACAAUUCCCUGAGUGCCGCGACGCCCGGGGCGUCUUGAGUCUUUCGACAUCUUGCAACAACCUUCGACCAUGCGUCAAGCAGUCAACUUGUGGCUGUUAAGCUUGAUUUUGUUGUGCUUGAUAUCGUCGCUGCUCUCAAUUCCGCUGAGAAUUGUAGCCCGAUGGAGAAGACAGUCUGUACAGACGGAUGACUGGGUCAUGAUCUUGACGGGGAUUCUGUUUAUCCCAUGUGCAGUCCUCGCUCUACUUUCGACCUCGAAAGGGCUUGGAAUGCGGGACAGCCAAUUGUUUCCGGACCAGAUAAUUACAGCAUCGAUGUAUUUCAGCAUCUUCGAUCUUUUCUACUGCAUCACCCUUGGACCGCUCAAAAGCAGCCUUUGUUUGACCCUACUGAGAUUUGCUAGGGGAAGGAAGAUGCGUCAAGUCAUCUACUUCAUGGUCGCAUUCAACAUUAUCGCAGCCGUGGCAUGCUUUGCAGGCUUGAUGGCGAUGUGUCGACCGUAUCAUACCAAUUGGCGACAUUUCUACGACUUUCCGGAGUAUCCAAGACAGGGCUCUUGCUUCAGCGGAUCCGUCAUCCGAACUCUGGUGUACAUCUUGACAGCAGUAACGUCAAUCUCUGACUUGGUCUGCGUCAUCAUACCGGCCGUUCUUUUUUGGAACACUCAGAUGGACCGGCAAAAGAAGAUCAUGGCUUGGGCGCUACUCAGUCUAGGUCUACUCGCCUCAGUUGCGACUUUGGUUCGACUUCCUUUCACGCCUUAUUUUGACGCGAAGAAAGAUCGCGUCUGGGGUCUUGGAAUGGCCACACUCUGCUGCUGUGUCGAGAUUGCCCUGGGAAUCUUCGCCGGGUGCGCGCCAGCCAUCAAACCUUUCUUCAUUGCUGUCAUAAGCAGUAUCAAGUCACAGCUUGAUUCUGUGAGGACGGGAUCUUCACGUCCAGACAGGCCAACAACCAUGAUCGCUGGUCCAAACGGCUUGACCGACUUCUCCUACAACACUGCGGACCUGAAAAUGAUACACUCGCCCAGAGGUGACGUUGUCGAAAUUACCUCUACCCACGGCUUGAGUCCUUGGGAAGAGGAGCCUACUCCAAUAUAUCCACUUGAAAUUAGUCGGCACACGGUUUAAAACACUGGCAGAAUACAUGAUCCUCGUCCAUCACGAAAACAGAGGUCCCGGGCCGACACUCCGCGACGGCGCGGGGCAGAUUUGGCAGACCCCACCAUCACAUGCUGGGUAAACAUCCCGCGGCUAAAAGCGUCGCGGA